AUCGUUAAGGUAGUUUAAAUACACUAUGACACCGCUUGUUUUAUCAAAGUUCAGAUUAAAUCGUUGGUAAAUCUGUCCAUCAAAGGGUUGAAAUAUACAUCGUGCAUAGUGUCACAUUUCCAACAACUACUGUUUUCUGUGUUACUUAAUUUCAAUUUAAAGUCCGCUUUGAAAUUUAUGUUUUUCGUUCGAUGGCAUUUGUAACGUGUUUCAGUGUCAACACCAACUGUUUAAGACAUAUUUAAAAGGAUGAUUUAAAAGUUUCAUUUUCUUAAAUGACAAACGAUAGAUUUUAAUUUGAAGGAUUUAAUCUGAGGAUAACAAGAAUAAUGCAUAAACUACUGAAAGUGUUUUUUGUACAAUUAAUAUUGUUUUAUGUGUGUACAUUUUCAAGAAAAAUAGGAAGAAGUGUAAAAUUGACACAUAGGGAUAAAUUAAUGAUUGUAAACUACCAUAAUGAUAUUAGACGGCUUAUUUAUGCAUCAAAUAUGCAAGCUUUGAGUUGGGACCAUGCAGCUGCCGAGAAAGCACGAGAGUGGGGACAUAAUUGUAUAUUUAAUAGACUAUGGGAUGACAACUAUGGUGAAAACUUGUAUAAAACAUAUUUUACAAAAGCUACGAGAUCUCGUGAAGUAAUGAUGGACGCAUUGAAAGAUUGGGAUAAAGAGAGACAAAAUUUAUUUUCGUGGGAUGUGAAAUGUACAGAGAGUGAAACAUGCAACUACAAACAGCUAGUCAGUGCCAAAUCGGAUUCGGUUGGUUGUGCUUUGAUAAAAUGUCCGAGGAUGAUCGAAAGUAAGAAAACAACCAAUUACAAUAUGAACUAUUUCAUCUGUUUCUACUCACCAAAAGUAGAAUUAGAUAAACAACCUUUUACAUAUGGCAGGAAAUGUUCAGCAUGUCCACAAGGCUAUCACUGUAAACGGAAAAUGUGCACAAAGAAGAAAUGGAAAAAAAUCAAGCACAGUGGAAAUGUGAUUAAAAAAAAAUUACCAGAAAGAAAUCUGAAUAUACCAACAACCAAUAUCAUCAUUCGAGAAGACUCUAGAGGAUAUACACAUCACAGAAACACAUCGAAUGACCAGACAAAUGUAUUGUUACCAAUACCGCCUGCAGCAUUGACGGGGAGAGAGGCCAGUGAAAAGGUGUUUAAUGGUGGAAAUACUGAAAUAAAAAUAACCCCACGGAGGAGAAGAAUGAAGCGACAAUCUAGCAGACGAUACUCAUCAUACGACGAUUACCUUCGUAGAGAUAGACUACGUCGGGAGAGACAACGAGCUCAACAAUUAUAUGAGCGUGAACAGCUAAGACGCCAAAGAGAAGAACAGGCGGCUCAUCAAAGACGCAAUGCAAGGCCUUCUGCAGACAUACGAAGACGACCUAACACCCAAACCGAAAGAAGACAGCCGCAAAGAAAUACGGCACCAGGCGAGUCGUGGCACGCCUGCUUGCUCUGAUAUGCAUUAUUAGUUCCCUCCAUAGCUAGAAUUAUAGCCGCCUUU